AUGGCCCCAGCUACUUCAGACCACGAACUCAUCCGCAAUUGCAUCGCACGUUACUGCAUCGGUGUUGAUCUCAAAGACUGGAACACCUUUUCAAACGCCUUCCUUGACAACGCCAAGGUCGACUUCCCUGGGCCUGGCGGCCCUGUUGAAGGGGUCACAGCAAUCACGGCGACAGCGCAGGGCAUGGUCGGGAAUUUCCAAACACAACAUGCUCUAGCCACGCAGCUCAUCGAAAUCACAGGUGAAAAAACUGCCAACGCCACUACGUAUUGCACGGCUGAUGUAUUCGGCGUGGGCGAGGAUGAAGGCAAACGUGUGACUAAUUGGGGCUUGUAUCAAGACAAGCUUGUUAAGGGCAUUUUUGAUGGGCGAGAAGAUUGGAAGAUCGCUGAGCGUAUCGCCACUUUGGCAGCGCCUCUUAGUGGAGAUUUGUCCUUGCUUUCCAAAUAG